UGGGCUCAACGAUGGGGUCAACGCCCAAGGCGCAGGGUAUCACGGCUUUUGAAAAGCGGCCCCCACCCCAUAUAAAUUUAAUGCCCCUGUUCCCCCGCCCCGUGACAGCAGUCGUACUCUCUCCUUCUCAGCCUCCUCCCCACAUCCGGACUCCAAACCAUUUCCUUAACCCCCCGGACCCCAAACCCCUGAGAGAGCCGGGGGUAGGGGGGGCAGGCGGCAGGCGUAUCCUACACUCGAUCCCCCCUCCUGCUGAGCUGUCCCCGACACCGCCAUCGUUUGCUGCUCCCCACCACAAUCUCCCUCCUCCCUCCUACCGCCCAGAUCCCACACGUAACCCCAUCUUCCCCUCCCCACGUGCCAGCCUCAACCACCGCCCCUCACCCCUCCACACACACCACCACCCACCCCCCUACGUGUUUGGAGGGUCAGAAAGUGGCCCCCUACACCCUGUCGGCUUGUCGUUUGGACUGCCUACACGCUGCGCCUCCCACUUCAUUACGCCAACAAUCUCCCUUCAAUUUCUCUCUUUAUUGAUAAUUACUCCGUCAGCGCCCAGACCUCUGUUUGGGCCUGCUGGACCCGGUCAACUCUCCUUCUCUGCUUUAAAUGCUGCUUAAUGAUCUAAUUCAAUUCAUUUGAUGGGAAAAAGCAUAAUGGAUGGAUUGAAUGCCUCCUCUGUUAUAUUUAUAUGGAUACCAAGAAAAGAAUAAUCUUGAGAAAACUCGUUUGUUAGGAAAUUAGGGAAAAAGAAAAGCAAUGUGGAUUAUUUGAGAUGGGCUGUUAAUAAAAUGAAUGAAAGGGGGGGUUGAAGUAAAAGGGAGACAAGGUAUGAUGAGGUGGGAAUGAUGAAGUUGAAUGACGGAAGGAGAUUGUCCCAAUAGUGCAGAAAGGGUCCUAAAAUGAAUGAUUUGGGAAUGGAUAUAAACCCCAUAAAAAAAGGGAGUGAGGUGAUAUGAAAAUUUGGCAUCAUUAGAGGGGACUCUAAGGCACUGUUUGGUUGGAAAUUGAAGGCACUUUGUCUGUAAAGAGGACCCCACAUAAUCAUCAACACACACUAAAACCACACUAGAAAAAUGAAAUGAAAAUCAAUGAAAAUGUCAAAUGACUCAGAAAGAGGCCCAGAAAGAGGAAAGGGCCCAUAAUAGCAGACACAUGGGACCCCUGCCACCACCGAACCUACCUUUCCGAACAAACACACCAUUCACAACGCUACACUACAAGCCUUCUCUUUUCUUCUGCCUCCGCCUCUGCCUCCCUCCUUCCCUCCCUCGCUUCCUCCCUUAAAACUCCCUUAAACCCUUCUCUUUGAUCUUGUUCUUUCUUUUUCUGUGACUGAUUUCAAUGGAUGGUGGUAGUGGAGGAGGAGUGUGUACAAGUGGGUCGAUGUCCACUGUGUCCAAAGAGGACAACUUGAUGGUGUCCACUGAGGUUUCUUCAUACCCAGAUGAAGCAGAGCUUGAGUUGGGUCUUGGAUUGAGCCUUGGUGGUGGUGGUGGUGGUGGUGGUGGUGUCAAGCCUCAAGAACAGGGGUGGGCUCAGUAUGGAAGGAUCUUGACUGCUAAGGACUUUCCUUCUACAGUUUCAUCUUCAUCUUCAUCCUCUUCUUCACUGAGCAGAGCUAAUAGAACAACAGUUGGUACCAAGAGAAGAGCUGAUUCCGUGGCAGCUUCCAAUAAUGGCAGUCAGGUUGUGGGAUGGCCCCCUAUCAGAGCUUAUAGGAUGAACAGCUUGGCUAACCAGUCAAAAUCACUGGUCACUGAAGACUUGAAUUCAAUGGUUGAGAAAAGUAAAAGUACAAACACAAUGGUAGAGAACACUUAUAACGGAAGCAACAACACCAAUGGUUAUGCUAAGAAGAAAGGGCCCCUCAAUACUUCGUUCUUUGUGAAAGUGAAUAUGGAUGGAAUUCCAAUUGGAAGGAAGGUUGAUCUGAGUGCUCAUAGUUGCUACGAGACAUUAGCAAAAACAUUGGAGGAGAUGUUUCAGGGACCAACCACAACUGUCAAUGCAAUAGGGUCUAGCAAUGAGAAUUAUGAUGCAAUGACAGAAUCAACAAGACCCUCAAAAUUACUGGAUGGUUCAUCUGACUUUGUGCUCACCUAUGAAGACAAGGAGGGAGACUGGAUGCUGGUUGGAGAUGUUCCUUGGGGGAUGUUCCUGGGCUCUGCGAGGAGGCUCAGAAUCAUGAGGACAUCUGAUGCUAAUGGACUUGCUCCAAGGAUCCAAGAAAGAAAUGGGAGACAAAGAAGCAUGCGAAUCUAAAUCUUAUUUUUGUUGAUCAUCUUCUGGAAAAGGAAAACUACCCAUGGCUUGAAACGUAAAAUAUAAGGAGAGAAACACAUAAUUAGUCAAGGCACUUUGCCAAGAAAUGAAUGCUGAUCAUCCACAGCCCGUCUGUAUGUUUUGGUUUCUGCAUUUACUUUUAUUCUUUUGCGUACUGUUUUCACCCAUUGUUGGGUAAUUAUAGCCUUUAUUUUUGUUUCAUUGAAAGGCAUAAAAAUCUCAGUAUUCAGUGUCAUAUACACAGUGCAUACUUGAAUGGUGUGCUACUAUGCAAUGUGUAAAUAGAUGGGAGUGCUAAAUCACUGGUGUCUUGAGUUUGGCGCACCCAAAUAUGGAAUCAUAGUUUCUUUUGUAAUGGAAAAGAAAGUUCGAGUGGUUUUUAUACCUUCA